AUGGCCCAGCGAUCUUCUGUGACCAUUAAGUCUGGGGGCACACGGAACUUCAGUGCCUCCUCAGCCAGCCUCCUCUCAGGCUGCCGGCCAGCCUUCAGCUCUGUCUCUGUAUCCCAGAGUGGGAAGUGCUUUGGAGGCAACUUUGGGGGUGGCUUUGGGACCAGGAGCCUGCACAGCAUGGGGGGUAGCAAAAGAAUCUCUGUCAGUGGGGGCUAUCGCUCCAGCAGGGGCAGCUUUGGGGGUGCUGCCUGUGGGCUGGGUGGUAUAGGGUACAGAAUGGGAGGAGCCUAUGGAGGGUAUGGAUUUGGAGGUCCAGGGGUGCCUGGAGCUGCGGGCAUCCAAGAAGUUACGGUCAACCAGAGUCUCCUGACCCCCCUGCACCUGGAGAUCGACCCUUCUCUCCAGCGGGUUCGCAAGGAAGAGAGGGAGCAGAUCAAGACCCUCAACAACAAGUUUGCCUCUUUCAUUGACAAGGUACGGUUUCUAGAGCAGCAGAACAAAGUUCUAGAGACCAAAUGGAGCCUCCUGCAAGAGCACAAAAUCACCAGGACCAAUCUGGAGCCCAUGUUUGAAGCCUAUAUUACCAACCUGAGGCGGCAGCUGGACUCCCUGGGAGGAGAGCGGGGUAGGCUGGAGACGGAGCUGAAGAACAUGCAGGAUGUGGUGGAGGACUUCAAGAACAAGUAUGAAGAGGAAAUCAAUCGACGCACCGCAGCAGAGAAUGAGUUUGUGGUGCUCAAGAAGGACGUGGAUGCUGCCUACAUGAAUAAAGUAGAGCUGGAGGCCAAGAUGGAUGCCCUGGUGGACGAGAUCAACUUCCUGAGAGCUUUCUAUGAGGCGGAGCUGGCCCAGCUUCAGGCUCAGAUCUCCGAGACUUCUGUCGUCCUCUCCAUGGACAACAACCGCAACCUGGACCUGGACAGCAUCAUUGCAGAGGUCAAAUCUCAGUAUGAGGACAUUGCCAACCGUAGUCGGGCUGAAGCUGAGUCCUGGUACCAGACCAAGUAUGAGGAGCUGCAGCGAUCUGCUGGCCGGCAUGGAGAUGACCUACGCACCACCAGGACAGAGAUCUCGGAGCUGAAUCGAGCCAUACAGAGGCUGCGCUCUGAGAUUGAAAACCUGAAGAAGCAGUGUGCCUCACUCCAGGCGGCCAUUGCUGAUGCUGAGCAACGCGGGGAACUGGCCCUCAAGGAUGCCAAGAAUAAGCUGGCAGAGCUGGAGGAGGCCCUGCAGAAGGCCAAGCAGGACAUGGCACGACAACUCAAAGAAUACCAGGAGCUGAUGAACGUCAAACUGGCACUGGAUAUUGAGAUUGCCACCUACAGGAAGCUGCUGGAGGGCGAAGAGUGCAGACUCACAGGAGAAGGCGUUGGAGCUGUGAACAUCUCUGUGGUCUCAUCCUCCGGGGGCACGGGCUACAGUGGUGGUGGCGGCCUCUGUGUGGGUGGGGGUGGCUACAGUGGUGGCAGUGGCCUCUGCUACAGUGGCGGGAGCAGCGGCUUCAGCUCCACUAGUGGUCGCAGUGUCAGUGGCAGCAGCUCUAGCAUGCGUAUCAUCUCCAAGACGUCAUCCACCAAGAAGAGUUACAGAAGCUAA